AGACAAAUAUCACUUGCUGUGUCAUAGCACAUGGAUUUCAGGACCACCUGUGAAGAGACAAAGACAGGGAUUUGUUUGCUGCAGGAUGGUAACCAGGAGCCUUUCAAAGUGCGACUGCACUUAGCCAAAGAUAUUUUGAUGAUCCAGGAGCAGGAUGUGAUCUGUGUGUCCGGUGAGCCUUUCUAUUCUGGUGAAAGAACAGUAACAAUUAGAAGACAAACUGUAGGAGGAUUUGGAUUAAGUAUAAAGGGUGGAGCAGAACAUAAUAUUCCAGUGGUCAUUUCUAAGAUUUCCAAAGAACAAAGAGCGGAACUUUCAGGGUUGCUCUUUAUAGGCGAUGCAAUUCUACAGAUUAAUGGAAUUAAUGUGAGAAAAUGCAGGCAUGAAGAAGUGGUUCAGGUGCUUCGCAAUGCAGGGGAAGAAGUGACCCUAACUGUAUCCUUCCUGAAAAGAGCACCUGCUUUUCUCAAACUGCCACUGAAUGAAGAUUGUGCAUGUGCCCCCAGUGACCAAAGCAGUGGCACAUCUUCCCCACUGUGUGACAGUGGUUUGCAUCUCAACUACCAUCCCAACAAUACGGAUACAUUAUCAUGUUCCUCGUGGCCAGCAUCCCCAGGACUUAGAUGGGAAAAACGGUGGUGUGAUCUCCGACUAAUUCCACUUCUUCAUUCACGUUUUUCUCAGUACCUCCCAGGAUCAGAUUUGUGCAGGCAAAAUGCGUUCCAAGUAAUUGCUGUGGAUGGGGUUUGCAGUGGAAUAAUUCAGUGUCUCUCUGCUGAAGACUGUAUUGACUGGCUACAAGCAAUAGCAACUAACAUUUCCAACCUCACAAAGCACAAUAUUAAAAAAAUCAACAGGAAUUUCCCCGUAAACCAGCAGAUAGUCUAUAUGGGCUGGAUGGAAGAACGGGAACAAGACUCCCUUCAGGAUCGAAUGUACACACCAAAGUUUCUAGCACUGAGGGGAUCUUCUCUUUAUAAAUUUAUAGCACCUCCUGUCACAACGUGGGAUUGGACACGAGCAGAGAAAACAUUUUCAGUUUAUGAGAUAAUGUGCAAAAUUCUCAAGGACAGUGAUCUACUGGACCGGAGGAAACAUUGCUUUGGUGUCCAGUCUGAAACUGGAGAAGAUCUCUACUUUUCUGUGGAACUAGAGUCUGACCUAACACUAUGGGAAAAAGCCUUCCAAACAGCAACUUUUUUAGAAGUUGAAAGGAUACAGUGCAAGACAUACGCCUGUGUUUUAGAGAGUCAUCUUAUGGGACUUACCAUUGACUUUAGUAUGGGCUUUGUAUGCUUUGAUGCUGCCACAAAGGCUGUACUUUGGCGGUACAAGUUUUCUCAGCUCAAAGGUUCUUCAGAUGAUGGGAAGAGCAAAAUCAAAUUUUUGUUCCAAAACCUAGAUACUAAGCAAAUUGAAGCAAAGGAGCUGGAAUUCUCCAACCUGUUUGCAGUCCUUCACUGUAUCCACUCAUUCUUUGCAGCCAAAGUGGCUUGUUUGGACCCUUUGUUUGUUGGCAGUCAAGCCACAGCUUCCGCUGCUCCCACAACUUCUGGUACUGGCAAAUCAAAGUAUACUACUUGACAUCUCACGUCACAACACUGCCACUUAACAGCAAGACAUAACAAUGUAUAUAUUCAUGAGAUCGAGACUUUUGGUGAACCGUGCACAUGGAAACCAAUCUUUGGAGGCAAGACAUGUUGCAGAAUAAAUGGUCACAUGGGAUCAUAAAUUCAUCUCUGUUCUGCAAGACAUCAGUAAAUCCUCCUAGCCAAAACUUCAGAAUAGGAUGGAUAUGCUUUUAGUAUGAUUUGUACUUUCAUAGUGCUUUAAGCAACACUGGAAGCAAAAGAGUAAAUGAUGCAGUGAAGCACUUUGGUAUUUAAUAAAUUUUCAAAUUGCUGUAAUAAUAUACAAAUAGAAUUGUCAUUUUCCUGUUUUCAGAUGUUUUUAUAUGACAAUAUACUAAACCCUAAGUAUGAACUUAAUACCUUACCACUAUAUUAUAAAUGACAUGAGCAAGCAACAAGCGUAUGGUGAAAAGGAGAUGAGCAUGAAAAGGCAUUUGUGCAAGUAUCUCCUUAAAUAAGAAAGCACUUUAAGCACUGUUGUAUAUCCAUACUUGUGUCUGUACAUUGAGUCAUGCUGCUGUUUUUUAUUUUGUUCUUUUAUCCUAAUAGUAACAAUGCCAAGGUAUAGCCAUAUUGGACUGACAUAUUAAAAAAUCCCAUAAAUAAGUCCUUCCUCACAUAAAAAUAGAUGUGAUAUGAAUUUAAUUUAAUUUUAAACAUAAAUUAACUACAGGUGUGUAACAUUUCUUGUUCAUUAUUUCCUGCCUUUUUGUUUUAUUUUGUUUUGUUUUGUAGAGAAUUAAAAUCUGUAAGUCUAGUAGGCUUUGUUCACAAGGGUUAAUUUUUGAAUUUGUUGCAGACGCAGGCUAUCUAAUGCGUUAUUUCCAUGUAUGAUCUUGAUUUCACAUCAAAAACACAAUCUCUCUUCCACUCAGGCUCUCAGCAAAAUAGACAUUAAACAUUAUACUUGAAAAAGGAUUCCACCCUUUGAAUUCUUAAUGAUUUCCUUUUUGGUUAUUAUUUUUAGUUAUUGUUAGUAAAAGAUAGGAACAAAUUAAGUAACUUUUAAAACUGUACUUGGUGACAGAAUGCAUAAUAUCUUUGAAUAAGUAAAAUUUUACAUCACUGGACCACCACUAUUAGUUCAAAAGUCUCAUUUAAUAAUGAAAUCUGUGAUAGUUGCAGAUUUUAAAUUAAAUUUUAUUUGAAAAUCAUUUUGGAGAAUAAUUCAAUUUUGGGCUAAUUUUCACACAUUAGUGGACAUGGAUACAUGUGAUAUAGCUGAAAUGAUGCAAAAAUUUGCUUUUUUUGAAAGAUGGGACAAGAGAAAUUUAAAAAUUAUAAGAACUAUUGGUGCAUAACAUGUGCAUAACAUUUUAAAUAGUGUUUUGGAAGUGUUAUGUUCACUAUCUUCAAAUAAAAACUUCCUGUAUAUUUUUUGUUUUGACUUGUUAUAGAAACAUGUAGCAGGUUAGGCUUAUGGAUACAAUCUGCCUGGUGUAGCAGAAAGACUAAAUGUAUCUCAUCCUUUUCAAUAUAAUAAAAGAAUUAUAAGUGAAUAGAGAAAUUCAAGGGAAAGCAUUUUCAGAAGGAAGCAUUACAGAAAGUACGACGAGGACAAAAAUUGAAUGAAACAUAGGGACAAAACACGGCCCUGUCCCUUUGCUUUGCAUUAGGGACAGGGCCUAAUGUGAAAUGUGGCCUUGAGUUAUAACUGAUUCUAGUUUCAAAUAAUCUGAAAAAUAUAAUUUCUGGGAACUCCUUUUUUUAUUUUUUUCAAAUGACUUGAGGUACAUGCUUGCUUCUUGCCAUGUGGGUUACACGGUUGCCCAAGUCGUUUCAAUGCUGAGUAAGAUGACAUUGUGCUAUGAGCAUCAUCAAAGUCCAGUAUAUUCACAGUCAGUAUGUAUUGUGUGUGCGAGUGCAUUUUUAUGAAUCCUUUAUAAAUAAGGGAGUCAAAUCCUGGUUUCUGAAUGCCAUUCAAUACUGCCAUGGCUGUCAGUGUGAUAGGAUUUGUUCCUGAGAGAUUAUAAACCCCACAUGUUUUAAAUCUAAAAUUGCAAUGGUCUCAGGAUGAUAGCUAAGGCAUUUCCCUUGUCAAGAAAGCAUAUACUGGAAACACAAAUUGUGACACAGAUGUGACAACACUGAAGAGAAAAGCCCCAUAUCUGCUAAUAGAAGUUCUCCUUCUCUGUGCUCUGAAAUUGGCUCCUUCCUUUUAACACCCUGCAUUCAAAUAUCACUAUGUUAGCUUGUGUUAAGACCUAAAGAAACAUACCUAUGGUAUAAACAGAAUCUGAAACUAAGCCAAUUGAAUAUUUUGGGUUCUGGUGAAACCCAGGUCAUACCAUGUGCACAACUGUACCACUGUAACUGAGAGCUGUCUUAAGUGGUAUUGUUUAAUGUACUUAAAUAUGAAAGUAGCAUAUUCUUCAAACAACAGAAGCUAUGUCAUUGCAAGCUGCUGUAGACUGAGGGAUUUCAUUAUAUGAAAAUGAAAAAUUAAGUGAAUGGCACUUUGCUGAGAAUUGAACUAAUCAAAUAAUUCCAGAGGACCUGGACUCCACCAGGGUGUACUAGAGAUCUGUGUUACAUAUUCUGCCUGUAGAACUGCUAUAUACAUCUAUGAGAAUUUUUUUACUAGUAUUAAGUGCAGAAUAUUUAAGAGACAGUAGCCUGUAAAUUGGUGCUGUGAUUUGUUUUGUUUGAUUCUUUUAAAAACAAAAACAAACCCUCUGUAUUUCCAAGAGCUAAACUGAUGGGGCUUGAUCAAUAGUUUUAGACUUAGAGGAUUAAAGAGGCAUUAUAGGAGGCAUUAUAAGAGCAUAUGGUAGGAUAACCUUGGCUGCAGCUGUGUGUUGGUUUAUUCAUCCAGCAGGGUUCUGGGCACUGAAUUCAUAGAAUAUUGAGUGAUGAUUCUGCCAACCAAGCUUGCCCUCGUAAAGGAGGUUAGUAGAAAACUCAGUCAAGAGACAAGGAGGGCAAAUUUCGAGUUAUAGAUAAUCCUGAAAUAGUGAAAUAUAAUUUUCAGAUAUAUUUAAUGACUAUAUUUUUCAUUUAAAUACACACAGAAUAUUUGCCUUUAAAGAAUAGUGAGUUUCAUAUACAUAUGUCAAAUGGCAGACUUUAUGUUGCAGUCUUUCGUUUGGUAAUGAAAUAAUAAACACUAAAAAGAAAGAAAUAAUGAACACUAUUAUUUUGUAAGCUGAUACAGCCCAGUGAUUAUGAAGGUAAACACCAUUAUAAUGAACUGUGAACUAUGAUUUUCCUUUGAAACUCUGUGAACAGACGAAAUUAACUAUUUUAACCCAAAAAAUGCAAACCAGCUGAAAUAAAAUAAACCCAUAAAUAACCCAUAAAAUAAAAUGUAAUUUGUUCUAUUUAUGCCAUUAUAUUGUUCCUUAAAUAAGUUUACUAAAAAAAAAAAUCUUUAUACAUGUAGACAGAUAGUACUGUGCUUAUUAAAAUCAUGUUAAAUAGUAUACCAAUAAUAUAUACUCCCAGUUAUAACUAAAUAUAUUUAAGUUUACUUACUUUGCUUUAUGAUUAAAUUUUAGAUGAUCUGACUUUCACAGCACUAACCAUAAACUAGGCUAUCAUGGUGGCAUAAUUUUGUUAUAAAAGUGUUUCAAAUUUGAAGAUACCUUAUUCUCGAUUUCAUCAGUGAAGGAGUUAAUAUGCUUCAUUUCCUAUGUCUGUUUAAAAAUAUAGUUACAAAUUUUCAAAAGAACUUUGUAUUCCAGUAGCAUGAGAGCACCUUUAAAAUAAAAAUUGGGAGUUUUUAAGUAUUGGUCAUUUUAUUCUGUUAAUUAAGGAAAAAGUGAAGUUUGUGGACACCUGUUGUAAGUGGGACACUUAUGAUGAUCAAGUUCUUUAAGAUUUGCUACUCAAACUAGAAUUCAUAAGAAUAUAAAAUAAUAAUAAACAGUACCAACAUGUUUUCAGAUUAAAUUAAUGACAAAUAUUCCAUUCAAAAUUAGAUGUUGAUCUCAAAGAAAUUAUUUAUUUAUUUUUUAUGCUUUGACAGACACAGCUAAACACAUGGGUAGAUAGUUGUACAUGCUGCAGCCUGCUAUUUUAAAUAUGAUUUAGUUUAUUCAAUGCCUUAAGAUGUAUCUUACAUCAAUCAAGAUAUUUAAAGGCUGAAGAUUUUGUGAAUGUACAGAUUUUGACUUUUAAAAUUCAGUAGUAGCGACACAUCUAUAUCCCUACAUGUCCAUAUCCUAUAGUACUCCCUUUGCCUAAAGCAAAGAUUAGUCUUCAUUCUUUUUACAGCUAUUCCAAGGAACUCUUUCAAAAAUGUUUAUGGACUAACAUUAAACAUUAAUCAUUGUAUCACACUCUCCAUUUCUCUACAAGGUCUACAAUCUGUAAAAGCAUAAUCCCUGUAAAAAAAAUAAGCUGAUUUUAAAAUGCUUGGGACUGCUAUGAGUCUUACUUUGCAAUCACACCUCUAAUUCAUUUGUAUCACUGUCGUUUUUAUUCCCUCUCUAGUUUCUAGGACAGUUAGAGUGACUGUCUUAGUAAAUGAAAUUACUAAAUGACUAAAUCAGAGCUUAAGGUUCUCAGCAGGAACCUUCAAGGCAGGACCAUUAUUUAGAUUGAAUUGUGCUGUGAAGGUGGGCAUCUUCUCUCUCCAAUAACUGGAGAGGUGCUGCUGCAUUAGCAGCUAUGUUUGCAUCAGAAAGUGCUUUUGAAGUAAAACCCUGUAUGUUGCCAAUCACGGCAACACUGCAAUUGGCAUGUUGCCAAUCAUAUUCAUAUUACAGAGCAGCCUUGGAGUAUGUGAACCUGGAUUUUUAGGAUGACACGAAACCAAAAGCAUAUCCAAUGAGUCCCACCUCCCAGUGGGCACUCAGUCAUUGCAGUCAGGCUAGCUGAAAGAGAAAACCCUCCAAAAUGCUGGUGGUGAUGUUGUCAGCCCUGUGUACUGUUUUUUUCCUUUGGUGCAUCCUACAUGCUUGUAGGAUCCCUAAUAAACUGAGCUUGCCAGUUGGGCCACCCAGAGUUUAAGGGCUGAAGCUGAAUGGAGUAACCACUCAGUAACCUGGUUCUGGAAAGGGUCGGAGUGAGUCUUUCAUGCAGAAAGACUAGAUGAAGGCUGAUGGA